UUUUUCAAAUAAUAGUUGUGACUGUGCGUGUGUGUUUUGCUCGAGGGCAUGUUUAUGAGGACCGGAGGGGCUCUGUGUGCAUGCGUGUCCUGAUGGCUGGACACGGUGUUUUGCAAGCGGACAAUGCUGGGGUUCAUAAAUAUUAAUACCGAUUUUUGGAGGAACAGUUGGCGUUAUUGUGGAUCAUCUGAUUUUCGGGGAAGCAGGUUCUGCUGCUGUUGCUGCUGCUGGGGCUGCUGGGGCUGCAAGGAGGAGGCGGAGGAGCUCGCGAGGGAGGAGGAGGAGGUUGGUGGAGGUUUAAUUUCACUUUUGGAUUUGCAGAUGCGGAGAGGUGGCUCCAUGGACACAGACCUGCUCUGUGUGAUUCUGCGCCCCAGGGCACCAUGCCAGUGGAAAGGAUGCGGAUGCGCCCGUGGCUGGAGGAACAGAUCAACUCGAAUACGAUACCGGGGCUAAAGUGGCUUAACAAGGAAAAGAAGAUUUUUCAGAUACCCUGGAUGCACGCGGCUAGACAUGGGUGGGAUGUGGAAAAAGACGCACCGCUUUUUAGAAACUGGGCAAUCCACACAGGAAAGCAUCAACCAGGAGUAGACAAACCGGAUCCAAAAACGUGGAAGGCGAAUUUCCGAUGUGCCAUGAACUCCUUGCCAGAUAUUGAGGAAGUUAAGGAUAAAAGCAUAAAGAAAGGAAACAAUGCUUUCAGGGUGUACCGGAUGCUGCCCUUGUCGGAGCGACCCUCCAAGAAAGGAAAGAAACCAAAGACAGAAAAAGAAGACAAAGUUAAGCAUAUCAAGCAAGAACCAGUUGAGUCAUCUUUGGGGCUUAGUAAUGGAGUAAGUGAUCUUUCUCCUGAGUAUGCGGUCCUGAAUUCAGCUAUAAAAAAUGAAGUGGAUAGUACGGUGAACAUCAUAGUUGUAGGACAGUCACAUCUGGACAGCAACAUUGAGGAUCAAGAGAUUGUCACUAAUCCUCCAGACAUUUGCCAAGUCGUGGAAGUGACCACCGAGAGUGACGAACAGCCGGUCAGCAUGAGUGAGCUGUACCCCCUGCAGAUCUCCCCCGUGUCUUCCUACGCAGAAAGCGAAACUACCGAUAGUGUGCCCAGUGAUGAAGAGAGCUCCGAGGUGCGACCACACUGGCGGAAGAGGAACAUUGAAGGCAAACAGUACCUCAGCAACAUGGGGACUAGAAGCAGCUACCUGCUGCCCAGCAUGGCGACCUUCGUGACUUCCAACAAGCCUGACCUCCAGGUCACCAUCAAAGAGGAGAGCUGUCCGGUGCCUUACAACAGCUCCUGGCCCACUUUCGCAGACCACCCCCUCGCUCCCUCCGUGACCCCAGCGCCCAGCAGCAGCAGACCAGACCGGGAGACGCGUGCAAGUGUCAUCAAGAAAACGUCAGACAUCACCCAGGCCCGCGUCAAGAGCUGCUAAGCCUUUGACUUUCCCCAGUGGUUGUUGGGAUUUUCUUGGCUUUGUUUCAUUGUUUGUUUGUAUUUUAUUUUUCUCUCUGACACCUAUUUUAGACAAAUCUAAGGGAAAAAGCCUUGACAAUAGAACAUUGAUUGCUGUGUCCAACUCCAUACUGGAGCUUCUUUUUAACUCAGGACUCCAGCCCAUUGGUAGAUGCGUAUCUCUAGAGCCUGCUGGAUCUCCCAGGGCUGCUCCCUCAAGUUCAAGGACGUCAUAGGACCAACACCCACAAGGGCAGUGGAGGUGCUGCAUUGCCUGCGGUCAAGGCCAGCAUGGUGGAGUGGAUGCCUCAGAAUGGAAGAGAAAAUGUGAACUAGCUGGAAUUUUUUAUUCUUGUGAAUAUGUACAUAGAGCAGUACUAGCGACGUUGCAGUCUGCUUCUGCACCUUAUCUUAAAGCACUUACAAAUAGACCUUCUCAUGAUCUUGCUCUAUUUCAUAGCACAUUCAGCCUCUCCCUUCCCUGCCCUCGCCCUUGGCACCCAUCCAUCCACCCACCCA